CAUGCCAUCAAGAGUAUGCAUAUCCAAAAAGCAACCAAGAAUCUGAAAGAUGUCACUUUUCAGAAGCAAUGUAUGCCAUUCUGUGGCUAUAAUGGUGGAGUUGGGAGGUGUGCCCAGGCCAAACAGUGGGGCUGGACACAGGCUCAGUGGCCCAAAAAGAGUGCUGAAUUUUUACUGCACAUGCUUAAAAAUGCAGAGAAUAAUGAUGAACUUCAGGGUUUAGAUGUAGAUUCUCUCGUCAUUGAGCACAUCCAGGUGAACAAAGCCCUCAAGAUGUGGCAUAGAACUUCUAGGCCUCGUAGGAUUAACCCACAUGGGAGCUCUCCCUGCCACAUUGAGAUGAUCCUUACUGAAAAGGAGCAGAUUAUUUCUAAACCAGAAGAGGAGGUUGCACAGAAGAAAAAGAUAUCCCAGAAGAAACUGAAGAAACAAAAACUUAUGGCCCAAGAGUAA